AUGGCACGGUCGGCCGAAAAGGUCAAGGAGGAAAACGCGGAUCAAGUUGAGAAGGGAAGUGACGAAGUCAGUCAAAAGGUCACCGAAGGUAGUGGCGCCGUCAGCAGCAACGAGCUGAUCGACGAGGGAAAGGUCAAACAGAAUGACCUUUCGGAAAACUCACUGUCCUUACAAGAACAGCUGGAAGAGAACGGUACCAGCCCCACGUCAAGUGACAAGUUUUACACUGACGAUGAAGACGAAACGACGGUACAGACGUCUUUCCAUACGGCAAUGAAGGAGGCAAACUUAACGAAAGGGAUGUUUGAUACGACCCUCCAGGACAAGCCAGAAGAGACCUUUGAAGGAACGGCGUCAGGAAGAGCCGACGACCGGGACCAAAGGUCACCAUCACCAAAAACAUCCGUAAUGAAUGGCUUAAAGCAGCGUGUCAAGGAACUCGAGCAGCUACUUGACGAGAAGGAGAGCCAGGCAUUCGCUGCCAUUCGAGAACAACGGAAUAAAACUAUCGAAGUCGAAGCAAGGCUGUAUGUGAUGGAGCAAGAAAAGGUCACGCUCGAAGACGAAGCGCAACAAUGGAAAGUUAGAUUUGAAGUUCAGAAACAAGCGGCGGAAGAUCUAAGGAAAAUGGUCGAAGAUCGAGACGCGGAAGGCAUACUCACCGCAGAAGAAGACGGUCUGUCCGAGGAAGCAGCUGAAAGGUCACAGGAAAUAGCAGAAUUGAAAAAUGAGCGUGACCUUUUACAGUCAAAGGUCAAGGAGGCCGAGAAAAAACGUGACGAAUCUCUAGCAAAUGCGACGAAGUUCACCGGAAAGGUCACCAGCUUGACGGCUGACAUCUCGAAACUGAAGGAUGACCUUAAAUUACGCGAAGACCUUGUCAACACGUUACAAACAGAAUUAAAAGAGAUGAAAAGGAAACACAACGAAGCGGAAAGCCAGAGAGAUCAAGCAGCAAAGGAACUGCUUGAACUGGCUGAAAUAACAAAAACUGAAUUCAAGCGACUCAAUGACGAAAUCGACAACCAAAAGAAAGAAGCAAAGAAGUGGUUGAAGGAAGCACAACGGUGUGACGAACGGGUCACUGUGCUAGAAGUCGUGAAUAAAGAAGGAAAGACAGAAAAUGAAAAACAAAAGAAGAGAUCGCCAAAUUGA